GGAGCCGGAGACAGGCCCAUUUUUCCGUGUUUUCCCCGCCGCUCCGCCAAUCGGAAGGAAGCUCUCGCCGUCUAAACUGCGGGGCUCCGGCGAGCGCAGGGUGACGCGUUCUCGGCGAGUGGAGUCGGGGGAGCGGAGUCGACAGACGUGUGCGCUGAAUUUAAGCGGCGGAAAGCACCAAAGGCUGGACCCCACAGGGGAAAAAAAAAAUUGGAGAGGGAGGAAUGCAUGGGGAAUCGCCGCACAGCCCUCUUAACUUAGCCUAGCGCUAGUGUAACCCGUCUGCGUUGGACUGUGGAUCAGCUCUGCUUGAACCCAUGGAGCUGGGCAUGUGGCUGAGGCUUUGCACGGUGGAAGACGGUCUGUCCACGUUCAUCUCUGGGGGCAGCCCCUGAACCUCGAAGGGAGGGACCCACUCCUCUGAGGGAUCCACGCCCUCCCGCACCCCCCCACCCCGAGAUGAUCGGGAAGCUGAAACAGAACCUGCUGCUGGCCUGCCUGGUUAUCAGCUCCAUCACGGUCUUCUACCUGGGCCGCCAUGCCAUGGAGUGCCACCACCGGAUAGAGGAGCAGGGCCAGCCGGGGGCCGCGGGCGGCUCGGGGGCCACCCUGCAGACCGGCCCGGGCCGCAACUCCAGCGCCUUCGCCUACAACAAGGACAUGCCCCUCAUCUUCAUCGGGGGCGUGCCCCGCAGCGGCACCACGCUCAUGCGGGCCAUGUUGGACGCCCACCCGGACGUCCGCUGCGGGGAGGAGACCCGGGUCAUCCCGCGCAUCCUGGCCAUGAAGCAGAUGUGGAGCCGCUCGGGGCGGGAGAAGAUGAGGCUGGACGAGGCCGGGGUGACCGACGAGGUGCUGGAUUCGGCCAUGCAGGCCUUCCUGCUGGAGAUCAUCGUGAAGCACGGGGAGCCGGCCGCCUACCUGUGCAAUAAGGACCCCUUCGCCCUGAAGUCCUUGACUUACCUGGCCAAGAUCUUCCCCCACGCCAAGUUCAUCCUGAUGAUCCGCGACGGCCGGGCCUCGGUCCACUCCAUGAUCUCCCGCAAGGUCACCAUCGCCGGGUUCGACCUGGGCAGCUACCGGGACUGCCUGACCAAGUGGAACCGGGCCAUUGAGACCAUGUACGCCCAGUGCCAGGAGGCGGCCGACAAGUGCCUUCCGGUGCAUUACGAGCAGCUCGUCCUGCAUCCCGAGAAGUGGAUGAGGAAGCUGCUGAAAUUCCUCGACAUUCCCUGGAACGAGGCGGUCCUGCACCACGAGGACCUGAUUGGGAAGGCGGGAGGUGUCUCGCUCUCGAAAGUCGAGAGGUCUACUGACCAAGUCAUCAAGCCGGUCAAUGUGGACGCCUUAUCGAAGUGGGUGGGCAAGAUUCCGGCCGACGUCCUGCGGGACAUGCCCGCGAUCGCCCCCAUGUUGGCACGGCUGGGGUACGACCCGCAUGCCAACCCCCCGAACUACGGCCGGCCGGAUCCCCAAGUCCUGGACAACACCAGAAGGGUCUAUAAAGGUGAAUUUCAGCUACCUGAUUUUCUUAAAGAACAACCACAGAUCCCGAAAUCUCCAGAAAAACCACAUCCCAGUUAAUGUGGAGGAAGGAGAGGACUCCGCUCUGGGAAAAGAAUCCAAGAAGGAGCAUCACAGUGCGGAUGGAUGCCAUCAGUUUUGUGCUGGAAUGUUGCCCUGGGAAGACAUGCAGUGCUCUGAUGGACACACCGGGAUCCAAGUGCAUUUUCCAUGAACUUGAAUCGGGCUCCCCGCCUGGGACCAGUGCUCUCCCAGUAUGGAGAAGUCAUCUGGGCCUUUGUCGUACUGUAUCCAAUGCCUCCGUCGCGGUGUGGCCGCGCAGUAUCAUUGCUCUGUCGUUUUUAUUUUGGCGCGCCAUACUCGUUGGGAUUCGCGUUCGUCUUUUCUUUCCACGUUGUCUGUAAUUCUGUUGUAAAACGAGCAUUGCAUCACUGUCAAGAGUGAGCUGAUUUUUGAGUUUUGCCCCAGAGGAUGCAGUAUCUUUUUUUUUUUUUUUAAAUGUGCGUGUAUGGUGCAAUUUCAUAGGUACUGAUGUACAAGGCGGGGCGGGUGAAAGGGUUGACUGCAGUUUGUUUAAAAUUUUUGUAACCAGUCAUCACUAUGGAAGUGAUCUUUUUGUAUUUGGGGACCAGUAAUUAAAUGAAUGUGUUUAAUGAAA